CCUGUGGCUGCGCGGCCUCUUCUGCCGCUGGCUGCGGGGGGGGCGCGGCCCGGCCCGGCCCGGCCCCGCUCCGCCAGCGCCGCACCCCGCCACCUCCCGCACGGCGCCCGCUGAGGCGCUCUCGGUUCCGGGGAGAGGCGGUUCAGCUUCCGGGUGAAGGGGUGGGCGGCGCCAUGGCCGCGGGGCAGGAGGCCGCGCUGCCCCCCGGCCCGCCGCGCUGGAGGCCCGGUCCCGCCCGGCGCCGGGUGCCGCCGCCCGCCUGAGGCCGCCGAGCUCGCCUCGCCUCGCCAUGCGCCCCUGAACCCUGCUGCUGUCCACAAAGGCCAUGGAGAAGAGAUUGGAAGCAAAGUUCAGCAUUAGCACCCGAUUCCUGUCACGACACUGCCUGGGAAAACCUGCAAGGGAGCUGAGAAGUCUGCAGCUGUUCUACCUGUGUGCUUGCCUGUGUGCCUUGUGCUCCUCAGCAGAUGCCAACUGGAACAGAUCUAAAUGUGAGCCAGGGAAGAUCCUGUUUGGUGGCCGUUUGAGAUCGUGGGCAGAUCACCACUUACAGCUUCUGGAAGGAUUUCAUACUCUGGGGUCCUGUCAGGCUGCUUGCUGCCAGAGUCCCACCUGUGAUGCCUUUUGGUUUGUGGAAAACAUGUGCAUCCAGGUGAACUGCACCGUGCCUGGCACGUGUCAGGCAGACAGGACUGGCUUUUCUGACUCAGUUUUGGUGUUCUUAAAGAAAUCCAGAAGCACAGAGCACUUCUUGAAGUUACAAACAGAAGGUGACGUGAAGACACAGAUUCACAAGUGGUUAAACUGGGGCAUCCCUGUCCAGAGGAAAAAAAGACUGAGGAGGUCAUUCCAGCAGCAGAGCUUGGCAGGUAACAGGGUAAAACUCCUGAAAAGGGAUAUAGCAGCAAGGGUCAGCAGUGAGGCUGCAGCCAGAGCGGGAGGCAGCACAUCUAGGAACAGCCGGAGCGAAGCAGAGCUCUUGGAGGAUCAAGUCCUGAGGCGUUUGGUGGCAGAAAGUCCUGUUCCUGAAAGCCAUUCAAACCAAAAGGAAGACUCACUGAAAAAUGGACAGAAUGCAAGAGAGCAGAAAACCAAAAGCUCAUUCCCUCCUAAAAGCAAUAAUGUGAACAGAUCAAGUGAUGCAGACAGUGUUGGCUUGACACAGAUCCUCCCAGGAACAUCUGCACCAGAGCCAUCACUAUUGGCUACAUUCUCCAAUCCUGUAGCACAGGGCUUGACAGCCACAGGGAAGACUGAGAAGCCUGGGCAGCCAGAUGAUGCUUUGGUCCAUCCUCACUCCUCAGGUGUGUUGCCCACAGUCAGCCCCAUGCUGGUGAAAAGCACAAUGAAGAUGCAGACAACUACUUCUGUACCAAGUGGAGUUCCCCCAAAUGGCAGUGUUUCUACUCCCCAGACCAACACUGCUGUAUCCCUGAGCACUGCUGCCACCACACCAGUUAUGAAGGAGCUGGUAGUUUCUGCUGGAGACAGCGUCAAAGUGACUCUGCCAAAGAAUGAAGUACAACUGAAUGCAUUUGUGCUUCCUGAACCACCACCUGGAACCACUUAUUCCUUUGAGUGGGAACUGAUAACUCAUCCAAAAGACUACAGUGGAGAAAUGGAAGGGAAGCACUCCCAGACCCUAAAGUUAUCUAAGCUUACUGUUGGUCUGUACGAGUUCAAAGUCAUUGUUGACGGGGAGAACGCACACGGAGAGGGUUAUGUGAAUGUCACAGUGAAUCCCAAGCCUCGGGUGAAUCAGCCUCCUGUUGCCAUCGUGUCCCCACAGUUCCAGGAGAUUUCACUGCCGACCAUUUCGACUCUUAUCGAUGGCAGCCAAAGCACUGAUGAUGACAGAAUUGUCAGCUACCACUGGGAGGAACUGAAGGGUCCUUUACGGGAGGAGAAGGUUUCCAGCGAUACUGCCAUCCUCACCCUGACCAACCUGGUGCCUGGCAAUUACACAUUCAGUCUAACAGUAGUGGACUCAGAUGGUGCCAGCAACUCCACCACUGCAAACUUGACUGUGAACAAAGCAGUGGAUUAUCCUCCAGUGGCAAAUGCAGGCCCAAACCAAGUGAUCACCCUGCCCCAGAACUCCAUCACCCUCUAUGGGAACCAGAGCACCGAUGAUCACAGCAUUGUCAGCUACGAGUGGCUGCUCAGCCCUAACAGCAAAGGGAAGGUGAUGGAGAUGCAGGGGGUGAGGACACCAGUCUUACAGCUCUCUGCAAUGCAAGAAGGUGAUUACACUUACCAGCUAAUUGUGACUGAUUCUGCUGGGCACCAGUCUACUGCAGAGGUCACUGUGAUAGUCCAGCCAGAGAACAAUAAGCCCCCAAAGGCAGAUGCUGGUCCAGAUAAAGAAUUAACCCUUCCUGUGGACAGCACCACUCUAGAUGGCAGCAAGAGCUCAGAUGACCAGAAGAUUGUCUCCUUUCUUUGGGAAAAAACACGGGGUCCAGAUGGUGUCAAGCUGGAGAAUGCCAACAGCAGCAUUGCCACUGUAACAGGCCUUCAAGUUGGGACAUAUGAGUUUACUCUGACAGUUAAGGAUGAGAGGAACUUGCAGAGCCAAAGCUCAGUCAACGUCAUUGUCAAGGAAGAGAUAAACAAGCCACCAGUUGCAAAGAUUGCUGGUAACGUUGUCAUCACCUUGCCCACAAACACAGCUGAGUUGGAUGGAUCAAAAUCCUCUGAUGAUAAGGGAAUUGUCAGCUACCUGUGGACCCGGGAUGAGGGGAGUCCUGCAGCUGGGGAAGUCUUAAAUAAUUCAGACCAUCAUCCUGUCCUCCUCCUGUCCAAUCUGGUAGAAGGGACCUACACAUUCCACCUCAGAGUAACAGAUGCCAAAGGAGAGAGUGAUGUGGAAAGAACCACAGUGGAAGUCAAACCUGAUCCUAGAAAAAAUAACCUUGUGGAGAUCAUUCUGGAUGUGAAUGUCAGCCAGCUGACUGAGAGGCAGAAGGGUAUGUUCAUCAGACAAAUAGGUGUUCUGCUGGGGGUCCUCGACUCGGACAUUACUGUGCAGAAGAUCCAGCCAUACACUGAGCAAAGCACGAAGAUGGUGUUUUUUGUACAGAACCAGCCUCCCCAUCAGAUAUUCAAAGGACGAGACGUAGCCUGGACCCUGAAAAACGAGCUAAGGAAGCAACAGUCAGAUUUCCUCAUCUUCAGGGCAUUAGAAAUCAACACAGUCACUUGUCAGCUGAACUGCUCCGAGCACGGCCGCUGCGACUCCUUCACCAAGCGCUGUGUCUGUGACCCCUUCUGGAUGGAGAACUUUGUCAGGGUGCAGAUGGGUGAUGGUGAAAGCAACUGUGAGUGGAGUGUGCUGUAUGUGAUCAUUGCAUCUUUCCUCAUUGUGGUUGCCUUUGGAAUCUUAUCCUGGAUGGUGAUCUGCUGUUGCAAGAGACGAAAAGGAAAAGCCAAAAGAAAAAGCAAAUACAAGAUUUUGGAUGCAACUGAUCAAGAAAGUCUGGAGUUAAAACCCAAUCCCAAAGCAGGUAGCAGACAGAAAGCCCAGGUCCUCAACACCAGCCUGAUGCACUCUGAGUCAGAACUGGACAGUGAUGAAGCCAUCUUCACGUGGCCUGACCGUGAGAAAGGGAAACUGCUGCGCAGCCAGAACGGCUCCUUACGCAACGGACAAGUGCUGCUCAAACCCAAGAGCCAGAGGGAGGAAAUCUUAUAGCUGGAAUUCCUACAGCUCCCCUCAGGCUGCCUGAGCUCAGGGGGAGGUGAGGAGGAAGGGAAAAGGCUGCUCCUGGCCCUCCCCCACGAGGGCAGUUUGAGUGGGACGUCGCUGCUGACUCAUUUCCCAGGAAAUCCCUUUUGGGUUGGUGGGUUUCUUUUCAUUCAGUUAAAACAAAAACAAAACAAAACUGGUUGUACUUGAAUUUGAACUUCAAGGGAAAGCAAAGGGAGGAAGAAGGCAACUGUGAAGCCCAGGGCAAAGCAUGGGAAGAGGACAGAGCUGGCACCUGGAGAGCGACAGGACAGAACCGCUCAGAGCAACUGGGAACGUGCAGGACUCUCCCAGCUCACCUGGGACUGCAGUGGAGGAAAGACCAUGGAGACUUCCCUGUGACCUGCCUUGGGAGCUCCUCAGACAUGGAAGGUCAAGGCUGUGCUUUGAGCUGUGCUCUGAGCUCUCCCUUCAGGCUCUGGUACCCUGCCACGGGCUACUUCUGCUGUCAAGGAACUUUCUUCUCUUUCACUCCCACCUUCCCUAACGGUUUAAGCACUACUUUAAUUUAGACUUGUCUUUUCACAUGCACUUGGCUGCUUUUGGAAUGUAGAGGAGGGGGGAUCUCAGCACUCUGGUGUCACACUCCAUCAGCUUGCAGGGGGAGGGUUCUGUAGCUGCUCUGAGUUGCUGUCAGGCUCCUCUCACUGGAAGUGCUGUUGGUGCCUGUUCACAUGGGAAAAGCCAAUGGGAAAAGUCUGUGAGCACUGGCUGGGCUGGGAAGCCCCCUCCUGCUGGGUACCAGGGCUUGGGGGUUGGAAUACCCACCUUUGGUACCUGCAUCUAACAUCUGGCUUAACUCCAAAGCUCUGAGAUGUCCUUCAGCAGCCCCCAGCACCUUCUGUUGAUCGUGAAGCCGUCCAUCCUGUGGACAUGAACCAUAUCUCAGUUCUGAAAUGCUGUAUACUGUGGACUUGGGUUGGUUUUGGGGGGUGGUUUUCCCCCCUUAAGAUUUGCACAGGCCAGACAAACAGGGGCUGCUGUCUUCAGCUUCCAGCAGCUGCUGCUCCCCCUGGCCCCACGUUACUCUGAGGAGCCCGACGUGGUCCUGAGGCAGCGUGGAGGCACCCACAGGCUGUCCUGUGGUGGAGAAGGGAGCACUUGGUACCCCAGGGCAGCACAUGGCAAGUGCCAGCAGCAAAUGGCUCUGUGUCUGUGCUGCCAGGGCUCUGGGAUCAGCUGUGGUGAUGGUGUCCCUGAUCUCACCGUGCUGCUUUCAUGAGUUGCACCGCUGUCCUUGGGCAGAAAUCAGCCUCCUGCUGGCAUGAAGGGUUACCACUGCUCCUCUCUGAAUGGCUGAGCAGUUUGUUGCCUUUCUUGGUGUUUAAUUUAAACAAACAAACAAACUGGAAACUUGUUCCGUUGGCUUUGAGCUACGAAAGCCAGAAAGGCUCUGACUUUGGGGUUGUAUUUAUAUUGCUGCACUACUGAUCUGUGUUGAGCUCAAUGAAGAUUAAACACUAUUGAAUGCAAGGGAAUGUUCCCUUGCUGAAUGUA